CACCAGAAACUAAAACAGCAGGAGCAGUGUACAUGGCGCUCACCACCACGAGCAGCGCUAACCAAGUUUUGCUCGACGCUCAGGUCGAGCUCUGGAACAGCACCUUCGCCUACAUCAAGUCCAUGGCGCUCAAAUCCGCGCUGGACCUCCGCAUCGCCGACGCCAUCCACAGCCACGGCGGCGCCGCCACCCUCGCCCAGAUUGUGGCGACGGUCAAGCUCCACCCGUCCAAGAUCCCCUGCCUCCGCCGCCUCAUGCGCGUGCUCGGGGCCACGGGUGUCCUCAGCGCCCAGAAUCCCUCCGGCAGCGGCGAGCCCGCGUACGCGCUCACGCCGGUGUCCCGCCUCCUCGUCGGCUCGCAGAACAACCUUGCUCCUAUCACCGCCAUGAUACUCCAUCCAUCCUUCGUGUCCCCGUUCCUCGAGCUCGGCGCGUGGUUCCAGAAGGAGCUGCGACCGGAGUCGUGCGUCUUCGAGCACACGCACGGCCAGACCUUGUGGGAGCACGCCGACCGCGACGCGGCCUUCGACGCGCUCGUCAACGACGGGAUGGUCUCCGACAGCCACUUCAUCAUGGACAUCGCCUUCAAGGAGUGCGCGGGUGCCUUUCAGGGGAUAAGCUCCCUGGUGGACGUCGGCGGGGGUCUUGGGGCGGCGGCGCAGGCCAUCGCCAAGGCGUUCCCCGGUGUGAAGUGCAGCGUGCUCGAUCUGGACCACGUCGUCGCCAAGGCUCCUAGUGGCACCGGCGUGCAGUAUAUCGCCGGCGACAUGUUUGAGAGCGUCCCACCGGCGAAUGCUAUGUUCUUCAAGUGGGUUUUGCAUGACUGGGGCGACGAGGACUGUGUUAGGAUACUGAAGAAUUGCAGGAAAGCUAUUCCUCCAAGAGAGGAAGGAGGAAAGGUGAUAAUCAUAGAUAUUGUGGUUGAACAAGGCUCCUCAUCAAACUCAAAGCAAAGAGAAACGCAGGCCCUCUUCGAUCUAUAUAUCAUGCUUGUAAAUGGCAUCGAGCGAGAUGAGCAGGAGUGGAAAAACAUCUUUCUUAAAGCAGGAUUCACCGACUACAAGAUAUCGCCUGUGCUAGGUGCCAGAUCAAUCAUCGAGGUCUACCCGUAAACGUCUCGUGAGCAUAUGGUUAGAUUGGACUGGAUUGUGUGGGUUUGUAAUUUCUGAAUAAAUUUGCUGAUUUAUCGUGGUGGUAUUUCGUUAAUAAAUUGGUGUGCUUGGGAAAAAGAAAUCAGAAUCCCUAUUGUACUGCUCAAUGUAUUCUUCCAAGUAUGUGACAUUGAUCAUAGAUUGGGGAA